CCAAGCUGACUUUGCACAUUUGUAUGAAGACAAAUCCACUAAACUCUUUGACAAUGUGGAGGCUUUCUUGACCAAAGUUUUUGAAGAGUUGAAAACAGUGCGCCCUUGUCCUCGUGAGCUGAAAUCAAUCCUCAAGCAGCAGGAACUGACUGUAAAAUCUGGAGGUAGUGUCUACCACAGUCAUUUUAAUGACUCUUUCCUACCUUGUACCUGUUCACACUGUGAGCAAGAAGAAAAGAAAAGACACAGCAGAGGAAAUUAAGGGGUGGAGGCCCAAUCGCAAGGAAGUCCAGGAUGGGUUCAUCACUCACAUUGAUAAUGUUGCAGAGCUUCAUGAAACGGUCAACAGACGUGAUCGAAAAUUUUUGGAUAUUAAACAAACAAGGCAGCCAUUUGUUGUAUUAGUUGGACAAGAUCAAGAAAGUAUCACAGCAUCAUAUAUCUGUGUCAAUGACUUUUUCUACUUGAUGAGUUCACCACUUGAAGCUCUUGAUAUUUGUUUCAAGACAAUAUUUGCUUUAGGGGUGAAAUAUUCUAUUGAAAGUAGGCCCCUAUGGAUGUUGCUCCAAACUUUUGUGUAUGACAUUUACACUUCUUAUGACAAGCUCAGUGCUACUGCUUCUACUAUUAGUCUUCUUGCAAGAUUUAAUGUAAAUCUUCAGUAGUUUUCCUGUUAUGUGCCAGUGAUUCUAUGUAUGGUUUUCUUCGUUUGUUUUGGUAAAGGUUUAGUUUUUCGUUUUUGAAAAUUAUAUUGUUUGCUACUUUCCAAAAUGGCUGUUUGUCCAGUGUGCAAAACUGAAACUCACUCUAUUCAACGGCUAGAUCUUCAUUUGCAAUUAAAGCAUCAAAUUCAUGUGUCUCAUGGCUUUCGUGACUAUUCUUGCUUUGAAGCCAAUUGUUUCAGAGAGUUUUUAAACUGGAAAACUUACAGAGAACACUUGAUUCGAUCUCAUAAUGUUCCUAUCAGUGUUAGUGGUUCAAAGAUUAUUUCUGAGGAGCCACCUCAGAAACGUUGUAAACUGAGUGUUGAUGUAGAUUCUCAGAAUGAUUCCAGUAAUGCAAGUACAAGUUUUUCUAGUCAAGAAAAUUUAGAUAACUUAAGCAUUGUAGAUUGUUGUGAUAUGAAUCCAACUAGUACUGAUGUUCCGUCUUUUGAUUCCUUGAAAGAUACAAUGAAAGAAAGCUCAGAUAAGUUUUUGAAAGAAAUUUACUCUAACAAGAGUAUUCCUAGAAAUUCUGUGCAGAAGAUAGUAACCGAAGUUACUGAACUUGUUUCUAGUAACGUAUCAAAUGUGAAAAGUGUAAUUAGGUCUCAACUGAGUGCUGCUAGUGUGCCCAUUGAGACAUCUGCUUAUGUUGAGAAGUGCCUAACUAUGAUUGAACACCCUUUUCGAAACCUGUCCUCUGAUUAUUUAAGGCUAAAACAUUUUCGGAGUGCUCCUACCUGGGUGGAGCCCGAGGAUCUUGUCAUAGGUGAUGCUGAGGAUCUAUCUGCUUCUAAAGUGACUCCUGUUUCCGUCAAAAUGUCUUAUAUUCCAUUGGCUAGUUCACUUAAAGCUUGUCUAGAAUCACCUGGUGUUUUUAAUGCUAUGAUAGAAUAUAUGGCCUCUUUAGAAUCAGAACCAGUUGACUGCAUUUCUAACUUUAUCCAAUCUGAGUUUUGGAAAUCUAAAGUAAAAGACAAGCCUGGGAUCCAAAUACCACUUUUCAAGUUUUAUGAUGACUAUAAUGUUAAUAAUAGUUUGGGCCCUCAUGCAGAAUCCGGCAAAUUAGGUGGGGUGUACUGUUCUAUUCCAGUGUUGCCUCCAAAAAUGAGGUCACUAGUUGAUAAUAUUUUUGUUGUUUUAUUGUUCAAGUCUCAAGACAGGGAAUUGUUCUCAAAUGAUAUUAUAUUUCAGAAAGUUAUUGAAGAAUUAGAGGAUUUGCAAGAAAAUGGGAUAACUAUUUGUGUUGAUGGCAUAUCACAAACUGUAUAUUUUCGCCUUGGUUUAAUUCUUGGUGAUAAUCUUGGAGUUAACUCCAUGUUUGAUUUUGUUUCAUGUUUCACAGCGAACCAUUCAUGUCGGUUUUGUAAAAUUCAUCGAGAUGCUCUUCAUUUUGCUUCAGAGGAAGACCCUUCAUUGUUGAGAAAUGUGAACAAUUAUUCAGUGGAUGUUUUAACUAAUGAUGUUUCUGCCACUGGAGUUGUGAAAAAUUCAGUGUGGAAUAGUCUUCCUGGUUUUCAUGUGACAUAAAACCCUUGUGUUGACAUUAUGCAUGAUUUGUUG